AUGGAAGAAAAGGAUAUUCUCGAUAGCGCGCGAAGCGUCGCGACGACGGGCGAGUAUCUCGCGUGGGCGCGACGGUGCGACGAGCGUCUCGAGUCUCUGAGGGCGAGAUGUCGAGAGGGACGUCGAGGAAGAUCCACCGGGACGAUCAAUUCCCUGAUCGCUCGAAUCGUUCGAUUGACGGGCGCGAGGGACGAUCUGCGUCGGCGUUUCGAACGUUCGGCAGGCGGCGGCGAGAGACGCGAGAGAUUCUCGUGGUCCGAGAUCGAGACGGCUUUCGCUAGGCGCGUUUUAACCGGCGCCGUUGUUAAUCUCGAUUACAUCGAACCCUCGCGGUUUCUCGAGGACGCCGGAGAUACGGUGCUCGAUCGAGUGCGCGACGCUAUGGGCAGAUGCGUCAAGGUCAACCAUACCGCGUUCAAUGGCGAGUUUGUCUCGAGCGACAAGAUCGCCGUUAAGACUGUCGCUACGAAGAAUCGUCCGCUUCUACCCACGUCCGAUUUACGAGAGUGGUACGAGAAUCACGUCAAUCUGUUGUAUCUUAGCGAUAUGACGCGACGAGAUAACGCGACGCACUUCGCGUGGAUCAAGAAUCUGUCUCGUCUCGUCGGCUCGCAAUUGAGCGCCCGAGGACACAAGGCGCAUAUAUGCGAUCGAUGCAUGCACUAUUUUCGAACGAGCGACAAGUUGUCGGCUCACAGCGAGGACUGCGAGAGAAUGAACGAGUGCGCUAUUGUUCUACCGACCGAGGAGGACAAGUCGUUAAAUUUUAGCAAUUACGAGAGAAAGGAGCGAGUUCCAUUUGUGGUGUACGCCGACUUAGAAUGCGCGCUGGAGAGGGAAAAGGAGAGGAGAACGCCGAACGCGUCGAUCGUUCAGCGUCAUAAGGCUCACAGCGUGGGAUAUUACGCGCGGUGCGCGUUCGACGACGCUAGAUCUAUGUACAGGGCGUAUCGCGGCGAGAGUUGCGUAUCGUGGUUUGUUCGGGAAUUGCGAGAUUUAGCUUUUCGCGCGAGGGAUAUUCUGAACACGGUCGCGCCUAUGGCGCCUCUCACGGCGGACGAGCGGGAGAGAUUUCGCGACGCGACGAGCUGUCACGUGUGCGAGAGACCGUUCGAGUCGAAGGACGCUCGCGUCCGCGAUCACUGUCAUCUGACCGGGCGGUACAGAGGUCCGGCGCAUUCUAGUUGCAAUUUAAAUUAUAAGGAGACUUACGUCAUUUCUGUAUUCUUUCACAAUUUAUCGGGCUACGACGCGCAUUUUAUCGUUAGAGACGUAGCUAAUGCUUUUCCCGGGAGCGUAGAGCUGUUACCUCUGAUGAAGGAAUCGUACGUUUCCUUUACGAAGAGCGUCGACGAAGCGUCGGGCGAGGGGGAAAGACGCGUGAAACUGCGUUUCGUGGAUUCUUUUAAGUUUCUAAACGCGAGUUUCGAAAAAUUGGCGUCUUAUCUCGACAAAAGCGAGUUAAAGAUCGCGCGGUCGGAAUUUCCCGAUCUCGACGACGCCGAUUUCGAACUUAUCGCGAGAAAAGGCGUGUUUCCGUACGAGUACGUCGACGAUAUCGAUAAGUUGCGCGAGACUCGUCUGCCGCCGCGCGAGGCGUUCUACAGUUCGCUGACCGGCGAUACCGUGUCCGAUAGCGAUUACGAGCGCGCGACGCAAGUCUGGGAGCGAUUUCGCAUCGAGACGCUAGGUGAAUAUAGCGAUUUGUAUUUAAAAUCCGACGUUCUUUUAUUAGCCGAUGUCUUUGAAAAUUUUCGCGACGCGUGUAUGAGGAGUUACGGUUUGGAUCCCGCGCAUUAUUACACGUUACCCGGAUACACGUGGGACGCUAUGUUAAAGUACACGGGCGUUCGCUUCGAGCUAUUAACCGAUAUCGAUAUGGUGUUGUUCGUGGAACGCGGAAUACGCGGCGGACUGAGUCAAUGUUCCAACAGAUACGCGCGCGCUAAUAAUAAAUACGUACAAUCGUAUAAUCCUUCGGAACCGUCGUCGUAUCUUAUGUACUUCGACGUGAAUAAUUUGUACGGAUGGGCGAUGUGUCAGUCGCUACCUUACGAGGAUUUUCGAUGGAUCGAGGAUGUUACGAGUAUCGAUUUAAUGUCCGUGACGCCGGAUUCGCCUAUUGGUUAUAUUCUAGAAGUCGACCUUGCGUAUCCGCCCGGCCUUCACGACUCUCACGCCGACCUUCCGUUUUGCCCGACGCGCGAUAAGCCGUCCGGAAAACGGCGGGACAAACUCCUCGCCACGCUGCGCGAUAAGCGUCGUUACGUGACGCAUUAUCGCAACUUGCAACAAUGCGUUAGACACGGGUUACGCGUUACGAGGAUACAUAGAAUAUUACGAUUCGCGCAAUCCCCGUGGUUACACGGAUACAUCGAGCUGAACACGCGAUUGCGCGUUAACGCGAAAAACGAGUUCGAGAAAAAUCUGUACAAACUGAUGAAUAAUGCCGUGUUCGGUAAAACUAUGGAAAACGUGCGUAAUCACUCGGACGUUCGAUUAGUGACUCGAUGGGACGGGCGAUUCGGCGCGGAAAUGAUGAUCGCCUAA